UUUCUAUAGUUACAUAUUAGCGGUGAAAAAAUUAAGUUGUUUCUUGCAUCUACAACAAAAUAAUACACAAAGAAAAGCAUUUCACAAGUUGAAGUAAACAACACAGCUGUUACCGAAUAUAACACACAUAAAAAUUGUACUUUCUUCGAUUGUUUACCAUGGGUGCUUUAUUUGUUAUCAUACAGUGCAUUAUUGUUUUUCCAUUGGCAUUCGUAUGCCUUAGAGCAUUAUAUCUUAUCAGUACGAUAUACUCUCGUCGCGUCGGAUUACAUAUUCACAACAGAUCAUUUCGGACGAUUUUGUGCAUUGGAUCAGGUGGGCACACUACUGAGAUGUUAUCGCUCGUUGCAAGGAUGAAAUUAUACUUAUAUACUCCACGUCUCUACGUUAUGGCUGACUCCGACGAGAGGAGUGAAGUAAAAGUUCGUGAAAUAGAAAGUCAGUAUACUGACUACAAAAUCGCCAAAAUUCCUAGAAGUAGAAAUGUAAAUCAAUCAUAUAUAUCGUCGGUGUUUACUACUAUAUAUGCUACUCUAAGCGCCAUACCAAUAGUCUAUAAAUUUAAACCAGAUUUAAUUUUCUGUAAUGGACCUGGCACCUGUAUUCCUCUCUGUAUGGUUGCAUUUAUUAUGAGAUGUCUUUAUCUGGUAGAUUGCAGGAUUAUCUUCAUUGAAAGCCUAUGUAGAGUGCGUAGUUUAUCACUUACUGGAAAGAUAUUACAAUAUAUUGCAGAUAUUUUUGUAGUACAGUGGUUACAAUUACACAAAGCUUGUAUGGGAAGUUUAUACUAUGGAAGAUUAACUUAAAUUACUGUCACUAUGAUUUAAAAGAAAGCCUCAAAUAUAAAGUAAGUGUUAUGUAUUGCAUGACUCAUAAUGCAAAGCAUUUGAGUGCUCUAUGAUUGAAAAACUGUCACUGGUAUAAAAUAAUUCAAGAUAAUGGUACAUGAAAAAAUGUAGAAAUAGAAAUAAAAACCAAUCAUUCAAUUUUUUUAAACAUGAUACCUAGCUUGCAUAAAUUUUAAUAAUUUUGUUUUGGAAGUGAAACUUCCCAAGACAUUAAGAGUAAAAUUUCAAGGUACCUAGUAUGGCUAUACCGUCACAUCAUGGAGUACAGUGAAGAUUUUGGUAUCUCUGAAUCAUGCCAAUGAAGUUUCACUUCUGGCAUUUGUGCUCAGCACACACACAAUUUUUAAUUAGGAUUACUAUGAUAGACUAGUAUUGAAAUAACUUCAUUAAGUAUUGUUGAAUAGUUGUUUUUUAUUAAUAAAUUCGAAAAAUUUAAAUUAUUUCCAUUUUAUCAAUGAGCAUUAUGAGUCAUGCAGUUUUGUAUUUUCUAAUUCUUUAUUUAUUCAUGCAUAUGAAAAUUAGUAUAAGCAUGUAUUAACUUAAUUAUUAGGUACAAUUAUUAAUGUAUGUAAAGUGAUCUCAGUUAUACUUAGAACUAAUAUUAUUGUGAUGUAUGUUAUAUUUAAACUGUAUGGGAUUUUGAAAUAAAACCAGUAAAAUUUUAUAAAUAUAGAUGUAUUCUUCAUUCCAUGGAAGUCACAUCAAUCAGAUCAACAUUAUUCUAUGUACAAUAAUAAUAAUUAUAAUGUUCUUGUAAUAAAUUUCCAACAAUGUAAAUUGUAAAUGCUUCAGUCUUCACAACAUUUAAGUUGAUUUUUAACCUCUUAACAAUAAUUGCCAAUGAUCCUAUGAUUGUUUACUACAUUAUCAGCAGAAUAUAACAAAACAAAUGCUAUUGUGUAUCAACUUUAUCAAACUUUAUUACAGUUUUGUUGCAUUAACAAAAACAAUUAUAAAUAGGAACCAAGAAAAAGUAGGAAGAUCAAGGAUGUUAAAAAAACAAUAAUAUUUAAAGACAAAGAUUUAAACACAUUUAAAACUUAAAUAACUAAGUAUUUAUGUUAAAAGUCGAACACUGAAAAUAAUAUUCGAGAUAAUAAAAUAAAUAAUGUAUGUUUUAGAUUUAAAACACAUUCCAUUAUUUUAAGUGCCAUUUGUAUGAACCUAUAUUAAAUCAUUAUUUGGAAUAA